AUGGCAUUAAGUGGUAUUUCUGUAACGGCAUUGAUUUGGCUUUACCUUCGUCAGCGCAAAGAUAAUCCAAUUAAAGAAUUACCAAAAAACAAUGAAAGGAGGCAAAUAGAUUGUAAUGAAAAAAAAGAAAAUAUAUCAUUACAUAAUUCUCCUCUUGCUUUUGAAUGUCCUACAACACCUACUCUUGAUGAUGAUGAGGCAUCUAAAACGUAUCUUGCUUCACAAGAAGGUACAAAUGAUGAUCGGAAUCAGUUAAACACAGAACCUUUUGAGGUUACAUUAGAAGACGAUUUAAAUAAAAAAAUAUCUUCUAUUGGUGAUUGGGCUUCUAUUUGCGAGACUACAGAAGAUAAUAGUAAUAUGCCUGAAAAAAAAAUUGAGCAAACUCAAGUUAUGGGAGCUGGAGACGGUGAAACAUUUAUAAAUGCUAAAUCACCAUCAAUUAAUUCUGAGAAUAGUGAUGAUUUAGGAUCUGCUGAUAGUGGUAGAGCAUCAUCUGGUGAAACAUAUUCAGCUGGACAAAGUUAUAUUCAAGUUCCUAAUUUUCCAAUGUACGAGUUUGAAAUUCCACAUUCAUUAGUUGGUUUAAUCAUUGGAAUUCGUGGACAAACAAUAAAGGAACUUUGUGAAAGAGCUAAUGUUAAAAUGUUGAUAAGAAAACAUCAUUCAUUAGAAAAACAAAAAACUCAUCAGGUAUGUACAGUUGAAGGAAAAAGAGAACAUAUCAAUAAGUGUUUGAGAAUGUUACGUCAUAGAUUUCCUACAAAUAGAUUCCCAGAUUUGAAUUUAUCUCCAAUCUUACCAGCUCCUAUUCCUUUAUCACCAAAUGCUCCAGGUGCAUCUCCAUCCAUGUUAAUUUUACCUUUCAAUGUCAGUUGCGAAGCUUUCAUUUCUUCACUUAUUGACGCGGGCCAUUUCUUCCUUCAACAACCAACUCAUCCAACAUUUACCUCUUUACCAACAUUGGAUAAAUAUAUGAAUAUUAUUUAUUCUCAACAAACUGGUAUUCCAGAAUUGCCAAAACCAUUGACAUCAGGAUUUUUAUGUGCUGCUCCAGCACAUGAUGGAUGGGCACGUGCUAUUACAUGUAUUGUUUUUGAAGAAGAAGAUGAGGUUAUUGUUAGAUAUGUUGAUUAUGGUGGUUAUGCUAGAGUACCACGUAGUGAUCUUAAACAAAUUAGAACUGAUUUUAUGGCUUUACCAUUCCAAUCAUGUGAAUGUUAUAUUGCUCAUGUUGAACCAGCUGAUGGAUCAUCUACAUGGUCACCUCUUGCAAAUGCCUUAUUUACAGAAAAUUGUUUAAGUAAAGUUAUUGAAGUUAAAGUUGUAGGAUAUAAUGUUAAAGAUGAAAUUCCAGUCGUAGAGAUUCAAUAUACAGAUAAUCAGGGUCAUACUAUGCUUUUCCAUGAACUAUUAUUAAGAAAAGAAUUAGCUAAACCAUCAGAUCCAUCAAAAGUUCGUAUGGAACCAAAAAAGAGUGAGAAACCAACUGGUGUACAAGUUUUAGCACCAUAA